CUUCAUUGACUCGUUUUGUUCCUUUAAUCAUCAUCAAGCAGCUGUGCGCCAUCACGUGAGGGUCUGUCUCUUUGCAUAUGUUCUCCGUCUCUCUCUCUCUCUCUCUCGCUCCCUCUCUCUCUCUCUCCCGGCCACGUACAAAAGGAAAAGAGGCGACUACACAUCUGCCUGACUGUUCGCUCUCUCAUGGGCACUCGGUAGCCAGCCAGCCAGUCUGUCUUGCUUCCUGUCUGUCUGCCUGUCUGUCUGUCUGUCCGUUUUCUGUCUUUCAUCCAGAGAGACAUGGCAUCCACUCGACCUUCCAAGCAGUCAUUCCAUGCAGUCAUCCGAGCUGAAUGGCUUCGGGCCGGAUUGGAUGUGCUGCAGGUGUGCUGUGUGUGUGUGUGAGCGAGGGAGGGAGCACAGCACCGAUCAUUCUUCGUCGUGGAUCUUGUAGCAGCAGUAGCACUCUUCCUUAUCUUGUCCGGGACGGCAGGCGGUGGCGCCUCCAUCCGCCUUGCUGCGGCAGUAGUAGUGGAUGCCCGUGCAGGUCUUGUCGCCGGAGCGAGCAAUCGUCAUCCAUUUGUCCGCUCUGGUGCUGUCGUAGUACUCGUCAGGAUAAUUCUUGCGCAUGUAGUUGGCAUCCGUUGCAUCCAUGAAUUUCCUCAAGCCGCUACAUUGAACACGGACACACAUGCAGUACGUCGAGGUGACAGGCCUCUCGUCUCUCCUACUGUACUUACCUCAAGGGGGAAACCAAAACGGCCCCCACUCCCGCCGCGACACGCACCGGCUUCAAAGCGGGCGAACACUCUGUAGGCAUCAUGAUAUGUAUAUGGUGCAAGAUGCAUGUACUGUACCAACAAUCUUGGCGAGGGAACGGCACAUAAUCUCAUACCUUCGCCCACGUGCCAGUCGCCCUUCUUCUUGGACCCCAAAAACCAUAGUUCUUCGUCACCCACCGAGGCUCCUUUUCUGGGAAGACUUCAACCAGCUCCUUUCCAGAACAGAGGUAGCGCGCCUCGGUAAGCGCCGUGUUGUCGUGGCCAAGCUCGAUGAUGGAAUGCGUGGCGGUGGAGACAAUGUCAUCAUGGGGGCCUGUAAUGAAUGAGUGCAGCGGUGCACAAUUGAGGGAGUCCCAUACAUGCACACACACACGUACUUACAUACCCUCCUCUUUGGCUGCGUCAACUUGCACGCCGCCGCCCAGCAGCAGGACUAGAACCGAGACUGCCACAGCGAGUGGUGACAUCUGCAUAAUCAACCAAGUCGCUCUCUCUUUGUCCAACCAGAGAGAGAUCUUACGGAGGCUACGGUGUCAUCGAUAUCCCACUUCUUGAGCAGUCCGCGAU